AUGCGGAUCUCAUGUCAUGUUACAUUUCUGGAGAAUGUUAUGUAUUAUGAAGCUUCCUCCGAAAAUGCUCUGCCUUCUCUUGAUUUUCUUGUCCAUCUGCAGCCAUUCGACUCACCUACUGCUAGGGUUAAUCCUCCUGUCCCGCCUCCAGGUGGUGAGAAUGGUCCUCUUAAUGUGGAUGAUACUAAUCUUCAUCACUCGCCGCCAGGUACUCCAUCUGCCGCCCAUGGUUUGAUGUCCUCUUCUCCGGGUAGCUCUCUUCCUAGUGGUUCUUCUACGGCCAGCUUGUCGUCGACGACUUCCACUUCUUCCCCAGGCUCAUCUUCCGUUGGGUCUGUUGCCGGCCAAGAACUUACUACUCCGCCACCUCUUCCUGUUCCACGACGCUCUAACCGCUCCACCAUGGGUAAUCCACCUAUUCGUCUACUCGAUUAUGUUGGCUACUCUACUGAUCAGGCUAUUUCUAUUCCCACUCAUUAUCGUUUUGCUAAAGACGAUCCCCGAUGGAAUGCUGCCAUGACCGAGGAGAUCGAUGCGUUAAACGUCUCAACAUGUACAGCAGGCUAUAUAUAG